GCUGCCGCCCGACUCCCAACAUGGCGGCGGGGGGCGGCGGCCGGGGGGGCAGCGCCCCGCGCUGGGGCAGCGCCCGGGCCGCGCCGCAGGAGAAGCUGCCGGUGCAUGUGGAGGAUGCGCUUUCCUACCUGGACCAGGUGAAGAUCCGCUUUGGCAGCGACCCUGCCACCUACAACGGCUUCCUGGAGAUCAUGAAAGAGUUCAAGAGCCAGAGCAUUGACACACCUGGCGUAAUCCGACGUGUUUCACAGCUUUUCCAUGAGCAUCCUGACCUCAUUGUGGGAUUCAAUGCUUUCCUCCCUCUGGGCUACAGGAUAGAAAUUCCAAAGAAUGGGAAGUUAAGUAUACAGUCACCUUUGAACAGUCAGGUGCCCUCGGAGCCUGUCCCCAGUGCUCUCCCUGGCAGCGGGCUGUUGUUGCAUUAUUCCCAGGAGAAUUCCCACAAUCACAGUGACUGCUCUGAGGAGUUUAGGCAGCAACUUCCAUACAAAGAAGACAAAUCCCAGAUUCCUUUGGAGUCUGAUUCUGUGGAGUUCAAUAAUGCCAUCAGUUACGUGAAUAAGAUCAAGACGCGUUUCCUUGACCACCCAGAAAUUUACAGAUCCUUUUUAGAAAUCCUUCAUACUUACCAGAAAGAGCAGCUGAACACUAAAGGCCGACCCUUCCGAGGCAUGUCAGAGGAAGAAGUGUUUACUGAAGUAGCAAAUCUCUUCAGGGGACAGGAGGAUCUGCUCUCUGAGUUUGGACAAUUCCUCCCAGAGGCUAAAAGGUCUUUGUUCACAGGAAAUGGACCAUGUGAAGUGAACAGCGUCCAGAAAACUGAGCAUGAGAAGAAUCUGGAGCACAGCAAAAAGCGAUCCCGACCGCUGCUGCUGCGCCCUGUUUCUGGCCCAGCAAAGAAGAAAAUGAAACUGCGAGGUACCAAAGAUCUGUCAGUAGCAACAGUGGGGAAAUAUGGGACAUUGCAAGAGUUUUCCUUCUUUGACAAGGUUCGAAGGGUCCUGAAGAGUCAGGAGGUCUAUGAAAAUUUUCUCCGUUGCAUUGCUCUCUUCAACCAGGAGUUGGUCUCUGGCUCUGAGUUGCUCCAGCUGGUUACACCAUUUCUGGGGAAAUUCCCAGAACUCUUUGCACAGUUCAAGUCCUUCCUUGGUGUGAAAGAGCUUUCAUUUGCUUCUCCCCUGAGCGACCGGUCUGGGGACGGGAUGAGCCGGGAGAUCGAUUACGCUUCCUGCAAACGGAUCGGAUCCAGUUACCGGGCUCUCCCCAAAACCUACCAGCAGCCAAAGUGCAGUGGAAGAACAGCCAUUUGCAAGGAGGUGUUAAAUGAUACCUGGGUUUCAUUUCCAUCCUGGUCUGAAGACUCCACUUUUGUCAGCUCCAAGAAGACUCCUUAUGAGGAGCAGCUGCACCGCUGUGAAGAUGAGCGGUUUGAGUUGGAUGUUGUCUUGGAGACCAACUUAGCCACAAUACGUGUGCUGGAGAGUGUGCAAAAGAAACUGUCUCGACUGACUCAAGAGGAUCAGGAGAAGUUCCGACUGGAUGACUGCUUGGGAGGGACAUCAGAGGUGAUCCAGCGCCGGGCCAUCUAUCGCAUCUACGGUGAUAAAGCACCAGAGAUCAUUGAAAGUCUUAAGAAAAACCCAGUUACUGCAGUUCCUGUUGUUCUUAAGAGGUUGAAAGCCAAAGAGGAGGAAUGGCGGGAGGCCCAGCAAGGCUUCAACAAGAUUUGGCGGGAGCAGUACGAGAAGGCCUACCUGAAGUCACUCGACCACCAGGCUGUCAACUUCAAGCAAAAUGACACCAAAGCUUUGCGCUCCAAGAGCUUGCUGAAUGAAAUUGAGAGUGUCUAUGAUGAGCAUCAGGAGCAGCAUUCAGAGGGGAGAAGUUCAUCCACAAACGAGCCUCAUCUUAUCUUUAUCUAUGAAGAUAAGCAGAUUUUGGAAGAUGCAGCAUCUCUUAUCAGCUAUUAUGUAAAAAGGCAGCCCACUAUCCAGAAGGAGGAUCAAGCAACCAUCCGGCAGAUUGUGCAUCACUUCAUCCCUGAGCUGUUCUUCUCUCAGCCCCCCGAGCACAAUAUUUCUGAAGAAUCAACAGAUGAGGACAGGGAAAACCAUCAGGGGCAGAACCUGGAUACUCCUGAGCUACGGAAAAGACACAUGCCUGGGCCUCCAAGCAGCCCUUUGGAGGCAAAAGCCACCUUCUGUGAUGUGACAGCUGCUGAGCCCCACAACACUCUGGAUGAUGUUUACAGCCUGUUCUUUGUCAAUAACAACUGGUAUUUCUUCCUCCGCCUCCACCAGACUCUGUGCUCUAGGCUCCUGAAGAUUUAUCGACAAGCUCAGAAGCAGCUUCUGGAAUAUCGGACUGAAAAAGAGAGAGAGAAACUCCUUUGUGAGGGGAGAAAAGAAAAAACCAAUGAUCCAGCCAUGGAACUAAGACUGAAGCAACCAAGUGAGGUGGAACUGGAGGAGUACUACCCUGCCUUCCUGGACAUGGUGAGGAGCCUGCUGGAUGGGAACAUUGACCCAACGCAGUACGAGGACACUCUGAGGGAGAUGUUCACCAUCCAUGCCUAUAUUGGCUUCACGAUGGACAAACUGGUGCAGAACAUUGUCCGCCAGCUUCACCACCUAGUGAGUGAUGACAUCUGCCUGAAGGUAGUUGAGCUGUACCUGAAUGAGAGGAAGCGCGGUGCUGCCGGAGGGAACCUGUCCUCCAGGUGUGUCCGGGCAGCAAAGGAGACCAGCUAUCAGUGGAAGGCUGAGCGCUGCAUGGCAGAUGAGAACUGUUUCAAGGUCAUGUUUCUUCAGAGAAAAGGACAGGUGAUCAUGACCAUUGAGCUUCUGGAUACAGAAGAAACCCAGACAGAAGAUCCUGUGGAGGUCCAGCACCUGGCCAACUACAUGGAGCAGUACGUUGGGGUGGAAGGAGCUCCCAACAACCAGAACGAUGGCUUCCUCCUGAAACCAGUCUUUCUGCAGAGAAACCUGAAGAGGUUCCGCAGGUGGCAGUGCAAGCAGGUCAGGGCCCUGCGCAGCGAGGUGAAGAGCUCCUGGAAGAGGCUGAUUGGGGUGGAAAGUGCCUGCAACGUGGACUGCAGGUUCAAGCUCAACACCCACAAGAUGAUGUUCAUCAUGAACUCGGAGGAUUACAUGUACAGGAGAGGAGCUCUCUGCAGAGCCAAGCAGGUACAGCCAAUGGUGCUGCUGAAGCAUCACCAGCAGUUUGAAGAGUGGCACAAUCGGUGGCUAGAAGAGAACGUGAGCAUGGAGGCAGUUGAUGUGGUUCAAGACUGGCUCAUGGGAGAUGAAGACGAGGAGAUGGUGCCCUGUAAAACCACGUGUGAGACAGUGAAUGUCCACGGGGUCCCAGUGAACAGAUACAGAGUUCAGUACAGUCGCCGUCCAGCUUCACCCUGAGCAGAGACUUGUUCCUGGGACCAAGAGGAGUAGGAGCGUUGCUGGUGAAACACAUUUACUCUGAGAAUAGUGGUGGGAAUGCAAUGUAUGUAUUCAUGAUAUUUAUCCAAACAGCAUUUUACUUUGGAUUAUGUAUUUUCCAUGGCAUAGACUUGUCUCCUUGCAGUGUAAUCCUUCAGCCAUCGUGAAGAGACUUCUAAAAGCUUUAUGGGCAGAGGGCUCUGGACAUUGCCACACACUUUUUACUUGUUUCCAAGCUUUAGGCCACUGCUGACCAGCCAGCACUGGAAGGCUGAGUGAGGGAGCCACGCUCUGGGUGAACUACCACUGGUGGCUUUAUUGAAGAGAUGGAGCUGGGCUGGUGUUUGAGCAGAAAUGCUGGCAGCUGCUUCCACUUUGAAGGGUUUAAUGUUGCCUGUCUUCCUGGAUUUCUGCCGUCUUGGAGUUGCAGAACUCUUCAGUGUAACCAUCAAGUGCCAGUGGGGCUGAGAGCACCUAGCAUGGAUCACCAGCCCCCCGAGGGCUGCUUCAUUAGCCACGAGUGCUAAUAAGGCAAUGAAUGAGUAUUUGUUACUGGUGCUUUGGUGAGAAAAAUGCCAAAACUGAGAGAAGGGUGAACUGUGUGCUAAACGCUCUGGCUCUCACUUAUCAACUAAGUAUUUUGGAGCAUGAAUGAAGGGGAAGAAGCUCUCUGAGCUGCCGUGCCCCUCUGCAGGUGUGCACCAGAUCCCACAGGGUGGCUUUGUGACCUCCUGCAGCCUCUGCCUUUCCAGACCUGGAACUGACCUCCUGCAGCCUCUGCCUUCCCAGACCUGGAGCUGCUCGGAGCGUGUGCGUGGGGAGGAAUAUCCCUCUCGAGGCCUGGCCUGUUUUGUUUGUAUUGUGCAUGUUGAUUUGGCAGCCUCUGGAGACUUGGCUUUCCUGGUGCAUGCCCGGACUCGGUGGUUCUGCUGGGUUGUACCACCUCAGUCGCAUCAGCAGAUGGAGCUCACGCAGCACAGGGUUUGCGCUGGAUCUGAGGCUUAUCCCAAAUCCUUGGCUGUUUCUGCUGAGUGAGCACAGACGCUGGGAUUGCAGUGACACAUGGAAAUCUGUAACGGGCAGUGUUAGAAUCCAGCCACAACCAUUGUAGACAAGCUAUUCCACUGAAUCAUCUGUGCUUCUAUCUAAGCUUUUUUGAAAUGAACCCUAGCAAAAAACCCACCCUGAACCAUGCAGAAGACAACGUGAAUUGUCUGACUCAAUCUGUUGAAAAAAUCAAGACCAUUUAGUUGUGUCUGUCCUGCAGCCCCACAGUGACUUUGCUCUUGUUUUUCAGGGGCCAGGGGCAAGCACACUGUCUGUCCAUGGAGUAUAUUAAAGCAUAAUGUCUUGAGGCAGGUCCAGCCUCCUUUCAGCUCUGCUUCCAUCUUCUUUCCCUGGCUUUUGGGGGAAUAACCCCUCCACCCUGAUAUUUUUCUGUGGCUUUGGUUUUUAGGUUAUAAUUUCUGUCAGACCUAAGUAGCAGCCUGUAGGAUUUGUCCUGGGUUAUUUCCACUGUACAACAUUUGGUUUUGCAAUUGUCUCACUUGACAGUAGAAAAAUUGGCCUUUGGGGUAUGUUUAAUAGAAAACUGUGCUGACUUCUUUGUGUUUUUUUGCAAAAUUAUCUCUAGGAGGGAUGGAGGGAGGCCAGUCUCUGGCAUUCCUGGCCACUUGCACAACCACUGCCAGCAGAGGACUUUUCAUCAAGAACUCAUGUUCUUGUUGUCUGGGUCUUUGUUAAAUUUUGGUUACUGAAACCAUCUGAACGUUCUUCCCCUGUGCUAAAAGUGAUUAAAGACACUGACCUCGUGGCUAUGGGAGGGCUGGGUGGGGGAGUGGGGGGACAAGCCCAGUGCAAAGCACAGAAAAACCCCCUUUUGCUUCCAGACAGCUCAACAAAAUGCACCUCGGUCCUGUCCACCUCUCUGCUGUCUUCCAGUGGAGAUGACAACUGUGCCAAAUUUUAUGGUUUUAUGAUACAGAAACAUGUUUCCUAGAAAAUAGGUUGCAACUUGUGGCUUAAAAUGCAUUUGACUCCAAGUGUACCACGGUGUCACGCGCCCGCGCGCCGUCCUGCUCCAUCUCCCCCUUUUUAAGUGUACUUCAGGUAUUUUUAAGCAUCCUUAUUUUGUAAACCUUAAUUUAUAAUCUGGACAGAUUAAGACAUUCACUCUUUGUAGUGCUAUUGUCUCAGAAAGGGUAGUAGCACACGAUGUGAAUGGCACGAGCAGGCAGUGCAGGUUGCAGAGGGGCUUGCUGAUGUCUGAGAGUUCCAGCUGUGUGAUCUGCUAGAUUCAAGAGUUUGUUCUUCCAUUUUUUUGAAGGAUCUUUGCUUUUUUGGGCUUGUAAGUGCUUUGCCAGCUCUUUGAAUGUAGUUUUGUUGGUUGUUUUUUCUGUGUGUUUUUUUUUUUUUAAUAUAUUUAUUUGCACAUUCAAGUAAAAUAAAAUAUUGAUUUUAAAAAUCA